GAUGAAGUCCGGAAGUUUAAGUGGUUUCUGUCAUUAGUUUCUUAUGGAUAGUUGCAUUUUACAUGGGGUUAAGCUCGGCAGGUUGUUAUAAAAAUAAAUGUUAAGAUUCUAGAUAAGGAAAAAAAUAACAUGUUCACUAUCUAGAUAUUAUUUUAUAUUAGGGUGGUCUAUUGUGUAGGAUGGACGUGAUUGAACAACACUGUCUAUGGAAGUAGCUGUAGUAACGUUAAUUGUUUUUGUUUGACAAAAUGCUGAUAUUACGUACAAUGCAAAAUAAGAGGAUUUGCACUCUUGGGGUAAUAAUCACCAUCUGGAUUUUCAGUCUUCAUCUCGUACGUGCCUACGAUGUAAAGUCACCAACAGCUCUAACCAUCAAAGAUAGCCCUGAUGAUCUAAACAGAGAUGAAGAGUCACAGUUACACGAUGAUGAUGAUGAAGACUUGGAGGUGUUUAGACCCACAGACAAGUGGCAAACUCUCAAACCAGGUCAAGCAGUUCCAGCAGGCUCUCAUGUCAGACUAAAUCUUCAGACCGGGCAAAGAGAGGUCAAGUUAGGAGAGGAGGAACGUCUCAAAUAUUUGAGAGAUGGAAAUGGGCCAGGAACGAUUAACGUGCAGAACCCUUCAUUCACUUCUCAAGAGUUGAAAGAGGCCCUGAAAAAGUUUAAAGAAGGAUUGGAUGAUUCUGCAGACACCAAACAAGAAGAAGAUGCGGUGAGAGCCCAAUUUCGUUCGAUGGAGGAGUUGAAAAAAGACAUGGCGGCACUUGACAUGCUGGUGGAGACAGAUGUUCAAGUUAUGAGGAGACUUUUAAACCAAUUCAAUGAUACUAACAGCACAACUGAAGAAAAAGUAACUGCUCUUCAUGACCUGGAGUACCUUGUGCAUCAGGUAGAUAAUGCCCAAAAUUUGGUGUCCAUGGGAGGAAUGCAGCUGGUAGUAAAUGCGUUAAACAAUACAGACAUUCGUCUUCAGGAGAGCGCUGCUUUUGUGCUUGGAUCUGCUGUUUCAAGUAACCCCUCAGUGCAAGUUGAGGCAGUGGAAGGCGGUGCAUUACAAAAGCUGCUGACGUUGCUUGCCACUCAGCGACCCAUGAUGGUUAAGAAAAAGGUGUUGUUUGCUGUGGCCUCACUGCUGCGUCACUUCCCGUUUGCUCAAAGUCACUUUUUAAAGCUUGGUGGUGCGCAGGUGCUUAGUGAAUUAUUUCAAACAACGGGAGCAGAUGCCCUGCGUGUGAGAAUCAUCACAAUCCUCUAUGAUAUGAUCAUUGAGAAGGAGUUGAUAUCCCAGGUGGGCAUGGACCUCAUUCCAGAUUCCUCUCACCAGGAGCGUUUGCGACAAUACGCCAAAGUCUCCCUUUUGCCCGUGUUGGUAGAGCAGGGGUGGUGUAACCUUGUCCCUGAACUUUUAGCAUCUCCUGAGCACGACUGGAGAGAGAAAGCUCUUCGCACGUUGCUUGCCAUGAUGGCUCAAUGUCAGACCCAGUUUAAACAAAACCCCACAUUGAUCUAUUCUCUUAAUGAACUACAAAUACAGUACAGAGAACUGGUUCUCACAGAGCACGAUGUAGGGGAAGAGGAUGGAUACUUUGGAGAGAUCCUGGCUCUUGUGGACUCUAUGAUGGUUAAACUGCAAUAGGUGUAAAAUGGGACUGCUUUCGUCUUGGAACAUCAAGAACUAAUAAAAAGACUUUUGAAUGAUGAA